AUGUACAUGUUUGUAUUUGAGCUGUUUACAGUCUACAUUAUAUGUAGCCACGCCACAUGUAAAGGCGAGGGGGUGUUCCUUACCAGGGUGGUGCCUUCGUCGCUGGUAUGUGAUUCUCUGUGUACCUACACAACUAGGUGUGGCUCCUACACCUGGGAUGCUGCCACCAGAAGCUGCCACCUGCACACACAAGGAGACACAGAGACAGAGACGAUGCCCCAUGCAAAGUAUUUGAAAGAGGCUCAGGGGAUGGUGUGUCGCGCCCGUCCGUGUAAAGAGAACGAGGUUUGUGUGCCACUUGAAGCAGGGACUACAUACGUGUGUGUGGCAUCAACAGCCGCCACUACCACAACCACCACAACCACUACUACCACACUGUCCAUGACGCCAUCUGCUACCACCACAACCACGACUCCACCACCUACCACUACCACCACGACUCCACCACCUCCAACUACCACCACGACUCAAUCACCUACCACUACCACUACAACUCCAUCACCUACCACUACCACCAAGACUCCAUCACAGACCACUACCACUUUGACCCCACCACCUCCCACUACCACCACGACUCCAUCACAGACCACUACCACUACGACUCCAUCACCUACCACUACCACCACGACCACUACUACCAAACUGUCAACGACGCCAUCUGCUACCGCUUCCACCAACAUGACUACAUCACCGACCACUACCACCACGACUCCUUCACCUACCACUGCCACCACGACUCCAUCACCUUCCACUACCACCACGACUCCAUCACCAGCCACCACCACCACGACUCCAUCACCUUCCACUACUACCACGACUCCAUCGCCUACCACAACCCCCCCAACUACGACUACUACCACGCCAUGCCCUGUCACUGUUAAUCAGGCAAAUGAUCCAUACACAUACGUUGGGUGUUACAACGAUGACAAGAGUCAUGUACUUCCACACGGCAAAUUGGUGAACGGAACAUGCCUGACAACUGAAACAUGCAAGCUUCAUUGCCACGGAAUGAACUACAUCUUCUUUGGACUUAGGGGAGGGCGUAAAUGCUUCUGUGGCCGUGUCAUCAAAGAUGGGUACAUGAAGAUACCCGACAGUGAAUGCAACGUCCCAUGUCCUGGUGACAGAAGCACGAUGUGUGGGGGAUACGGGAGGAUUUCCAUCUAUGAGAUUGUCUAG